UCCUGUUUAUGAGUACCUAUCUGAAGAUACAAAUCUCGAAAUAGAGAGUUGGCCUCGCUACUCUCCACCAAAAGACUCCGAAUUUCAGUACUACAGUGGGAGACCGUUGACUUCAGCUACUAAAGACUUAUUCUGGAAUUCGUCAAAACUUAUCGAUUAUAUCGAGUUAGAAAUCGAGCGACUCAUUGAAUCGGUAGGAAAAAGUGAGGAGGAAGUGGCAAAUCUAUUACUAGGAAACCUGGCAAGAAAAAUGUGGAGAAAAAAUAUUUUCAGACUCUAUAGAAAACUUGGACUAAAAGAAGAAGAGAUUAACCCCGUUCUUAAAAACAAAUUUGGAGUACUAGAGGUCACUGACGGAGACCAUCCCAAUGUUGUUAAUCACCUAGCAUGGUACCAAUAUGAGGAGUAUGGUGACAACGAUGUAAAAGUUUUGGAUGGAUACAUAAGUUUGCCAACAAAAUUGAGUAAAAAUAUUCCAAAAAGUGCAAUCAAGUUGAAUAGCAAAGUUCAAGGUAUACAGUGGAACAAGAAAAAAGGAAAUGGAGUCACGAUAACGUAUCUAAAUCAAUUUAACAAGACUGAAGUAAUUCACGCUGAUAUCGUACUCGUGACGGUUUCGAUCGGCUGUCUCAAAAAAUAUCACAAAACUUUCUUUGAUCCAAAUUUACCGGAGGAUAAACAGGCCGCUAUAAAGAGCAUAGGUUUUGGCACAAUCAAUAAAAUGCUGCUUUAUUACGAAAAUCCUUUUUGGGGCCCCGAAAAAUUUUCUGAUAGGUAUCUUUUAUGGGAUUCGUACGAUGGAUCAACUGGUACAAUACCUGAAGACGAGUUUUCUAUCAAAAAUCAUUGGUGUCGGGGUGUAUAUAAGAUCACAAGCUACAAAACGAAUUUUCUCAUGCUUUGGAUAAAUAAAAGAAUCUCAAAUCGGAUACGUAGAACACCUGAAAGUGAACUCAAAUUGACUGUUACAAAUUUGUUAAGACGAUUCCUGAACAAUCCGAAAUUACCAGGUCCUGAUGACAUCAUACAAACCGAAUGGCACAGGGAUAAAUAUUUUCUUGGCACCUACAGCUAUCCGGCAAUUGGACAAAUUUCAAGUCACCAGAAAAAAGUACGAGAACCUUUAUACGUUAACGGAAUGCCAAGAGUUUUUUUUGCGGGAGAAGCUUUGAGUAUACCGAGGUACAGCACGGUAGAUGGAGCAUUUUCGACAGGAAAAAGUGAAGGAGAAAGAAUCCUAAAGUUAUUACAAGAAUGAAAGCCGGUUUAUACCUUUAGCUAAUCCUUACAGCGUGAAAAAAAUCACAAUAAUCUUGUAAGCUAAUCUGUGUUUGGCUAGAUGUUCUGUACUAAUCGGCUAAUUUUUUUCAAAAGUACAUUUU